AUGAGUAAUAUUGCUACUACUCCACAACGAAAACCGAGCAACGCCAGUGGUGUUGGGCACGCGGGAGACUUGGGCGAACAAGUCUCUUCAAGAUCUAAUAAACGUGAGCUCGACGAAGACGAGUCGGACGCUGACGAUGACGAAAAACCUGAAAAACGUGCUGGACGUCGCAAGAUUAAGAUUGAAUAUAUUGAUGACAAAAGCAGACGUCAUAUUACUUUUAGUAAACGAAAGGCUGGUAUAAUGAAAAAAGCAUACGAAUUAAGUACAUUAACCGGCACACAAGUACUUCUCUUGGUUGUAUCAGAAACCGGCCUU